AUGAUGAAAGGAAGAGGCGCACACCAUACGGGCCGUUUUCGUUUUACGAGGACACACACAGCUGACUCCCGUGUGCCCCAACACCGCAGCCUCCGACACCGCCAGCACCGUCACAACUCCGCCAAGCGAGACCUAAAUCACCAGCUUGUCAAUCUCGCCGGCCGCGCCCCCCUCUUCGCUGCUGCCGCGCCGGCUCAGACCGUCGCCGUCCAGACCAGGCGUCGGGGGCGGCAGGUGGGCCACCUUGGUGCAGAUCCAGCACGACGCGUACAUGUUGACGCGGUCAAUGCAGACGCCGGGCGUGCGGUUGCCGUGCUGCUUGGCGGAAAAGCCCAGGCGCUCAAACACGGCAAUGUACCAGGGCGUGCGGGCGCUCGAGCGCAGCAGGACGCGGCCGCCGAGGGCGAGGGCGCGGUUGAGCUUGGCAAUCUGGCUGGCGGCGGCGGCGCCGCCGGUCUCGCUGCUGGGGCAGUUGGUCUUUUGCAGGGCGUUGUCCUCCGGGUCGAACCAGUCCAUGCUGUCCAUGACGACGGCGACGGUCAGGGACCCGGGCGUGAGGCGCGCAAUGACCUCCUCGAUCUCGUCGGUGUGGAUGCGCAGGCCGUCAAAGGCGCCCGGGCGCGACAGGCGGGCGUGGGCCUGCGGGGCCAGGUAGUCCGGGUGGCAGCGGCGCGCGUACUGGCCGUCCAUGCAGACGUAGUAGUAGGGAUUGUCGGCGGCCAUGUGCACGGUCUCGACCAUGGGGUCGAGCGUGUUGACCAUGUACUCCCAGACGGCGCUGGACCGGCUGCUCGUCUUGUUGCUGGCGGCCUGGUCGCUGGCGUGGUCGGCCUCGAUCAUGGCCAGCUGGUUCUUGGGCACGCCCAGGGCGGCCCACAAGAAGGACUCCUGGCUGACGACGAGGUGCGACAGCGUGCGCGACAGCAGGGCCGGGCGGAUCUUGGCGCGCCAGAUCUCGCGCUGCUCGUUGAGCGUCUUGGCCGCGAGCAUGGCGGCGACGGCGCGGCGCAGGCCAAAGGCGUAGCUGAGGUAGCGGAACAGGCGGAUGGCGUUCUUGGAGCCGCCCGUGUCGUAGAGGCCGCGGCCGCCGGCCUUGGUGAAGACGCGCUCGUUGCGCAGCCAGUACUGGAAGCCGCGGCUGGACAGGUGCGGGGACAGCUUGGUGAUGAGCAGCUCGCGGAAGCCGGGGUGCUUGCCGGCGCCAAACAGCAGCCAAAAGUCCUCGUAGGGGAUCUGGGCGGUGUAGGCGGCGACCUUGAGCUCGAGCAGGUGGUUCUGGGCCGGGUUGAGGUCGACGGCGUGGAUGCGGGCGGGGCUCUGCAGCGCGUAGGACAGAAUGUUGUCGCCGGCACUGGUGAUGGCGAGCACGACGUCCUUCUCGUUGAGCCUGAGCAGGCGCUCGUCGACGCGGGUGUCCUCCCACGUAAACGCAUAGAUGUACUCGUCGCGGAACUGGGUGUGCUUGGGGAGCUGGUCGUCGUAGUAGAUGCGCCAGUGGUGGUUCUGGUAGAAGAAGGCAGGCAGAGGCAGGUUGGCCGACAGGUUGGCAAUGGCGGUCUGGAAGGCCUUGGAGCGGAUCUCGGGCGCGGUGCGCUGGACCGCGCGCGACAGCGUGGUGGCCGGGCUGGGGGGCGGGAUGGGGCGACCGCCGGCCGAGCCGGUGCCGUAGGCGCCGCUGCGGCCGCUGCUGCUGGCCAGGGCCGUGGUGUUGCCGUGCAGGUAGGGGGACUCGGUGACCAUGGCGUCGAUGCGCUCGACGACCUCGUGGGGCAGGCUGGUGACGUGGAAGGGCUUCUUGUGGCAGCCGAGCCAGAUGUAGUAGGGGAUGGAGCCGAGCGAGUAGUUGCGCGAGUUGACGCUGAGGACGGUGCCGAAGCGGUACUCGAGGUAGUCGCGGCGGCUGGCGUCGAGGCUGACGCGGUCGAGCUCGAACCAGGAGCGCCAGAACGUGCGGCCCAGGAAGCUGGUGUGGCGGUUGACGAGGCCGCCCGUGUAGUUGCGGAAGCUGAAGUCGUCCUUGCUCUGGACGUAAAAGUCAAUGGCGCCCAGAAUGCCGUUGGGCGCCAGCAGCGAGGACAGCGAGUCGACGACGGAGUAGUAGUCGGGGAUCAUGGACAGGCUGUAGGACAUGGUGAUCAGGUCGGCGCCGCCGUGGUCCGGGCGGUCAAACGAGAAGUAGCCGUGGCCGGGGAAGGCGGGCGAGGCGGCGGCGGCGACGACGCUGCUGCGACGGCUCGGAAGACCACUUUCGUAGUCUUCGAGGCGGAACUUGCGGGCGUCCUCGCAGAUGACGUGCACGUUGGUCCAGCCGAGGCGGGCGAAGCGCUUCCGCGCAACGGCACACAGCGACGGCGAGAAGUCGACCAGGUACACGCUCGAGAAGAAGUUGGGCACGUCGACGUGCGCGGCCAUGGCCUCAAUGUUCCAGCCGGUGCCGCCGCCGACGUCCACCCAGAUGCGCUUGGCGCGCGCGUCGGCGCUGUUGUUGCUGCUGCUGCCGCUGCUGCCAAUCUUCUUGGCGGCGGCGUCCUCGACGGCCCAGCGGUGGGAUAG